AUGAAUCUUCAAUCCAAGUUAUACGUUUACGCUACUUCUUCUCCUAUACUCCUCAUGGUUAGGCUUAGGCCGGGAGCAAGAGCACUUAGAGAGAUACGUAAAUAUCAGGGGAGCACUGAUCUGUUAUUACCUGCUGCCCCUUUUAUUAGAGUUAAAUUAAUUACCGAGAAAUGUAGUAAAGAAGUUACACGUUGGCAAGCGGAAGCUUUAAUAGCACUUCAGGAGGCAACGGAAGCUUUUCUGGUUAACCUGUUUGAAGUUUUUCAGCUAUGCGCUAUCCAUGCAAAGCGUGUGACCAUCAUGCGAAAAGAUUGGGAGCUAGCUAGAAGGCUUGGUGGGAGAGGUCACUAUGGCUCUCAGCCAUGGUGGGAGAGCUAA